AUGUAUGAGUGGUACAUGAUCAGCAUCGUCCAUAUCUACAACCGCUGGAGGAACAGUGAGAUCCGUUGCUACGUCAAUGGUCAGCUGGUCUCCUAUGGCGACAUGGCCUGGCACGUCAACACCAGCGAUAGUUAUGAUAAGUGUUUCCUGGGUUCGUCUGAGACAGCUGAUGCUAACAGGGUAUUCUGUGGUCAGCUGGGGGCCAUCUAUGUGUUCUCUGAGGCUCUCAACCCAGCUCAGAUAUUUGCCAUUCAUCAGCUGGGAGCGGGCUAUAAGAGUACGUUUAAGUUUAAGUCGGAGAGUGACAUCCACCUGGCAGAGCACCAUAAGCAGGUCCUGUAUGAUGGGAAGCUGGCCAGCUCCAUCUCCUUCACCUACAACGCCAAGGCUACAGACGCCCAGCUCUGCCUGGAGUCAUCGCCCAAGGAGAACGCCUCCAUCUUCGUCCACUCACCCCACGCCCUUAUGCUACAGGAUGUGAAGGCCAUAGUGACCCACUCCAUCCACAGUGCCAUCCACUCAAUAGGAGGGAUCCAGGUGCUGUUCCCUCUCUUCUCCCAGCUGGACUACCAUCAACCCAAUGACCAGCCCAACUACCAGAACCAUGAGACCCAGCUGGAGACUACCGUCUGUGCCACCCUCCUGGUGUUCCUGGUUGACCUGUUGAAGAGCUCAGUGGCGAUGCAGGAACAGAUGCUGGGAGGGAAAGGAUUCCUUGUAAUCGGGUUUCUGCUGGAGAAGUCCUCCAGGGUCCACAUCACUCGUGCGGUCCUGGAGCAGUUCCUGUCCUUCGCUAAGUACCUGGAUGGGUUAACCCAUGGAGCGCCACUCCUCAAACAGCUCUGUGACCACAUCCUGUUCAACGCAGCCAUCUGGAUACACACCCCCGCCAAGGUCCAGCUCUCUCUGUACACAUACCUGUCUGCAGAGUUUAUCGGCACAGCAACCAUCUACAACACCAUCCGUCGUAUUGGGACUGUGCUGCAGCUGAUGCACAGUCUGAAGUACUACUACUGGACCUGUAACCCUGAGGCCAGCAGUGGCAUUACACCUAAAGGACUGGAUGGUCCAAGGCCCACCCAGCAGGAGAUCAUCUCUCUCAGGGCUUUCAUGUUGCUGUUCCUCAAACAACUCAUCCUCAAGGACCGAGGUGUGAAGGAAGAUGAGCUGCAGAGUAUCCUGAACUACCUGCUAACCAUGCAUGAGGAUGAUAAUAUCCAUGAUGUUCUUCAGCUGGUAGUGGCUCUGAUGUCAGAACACCCAGCCUCCAUGAUUCCAGCUUUCGACCAGAGGAACGGCAUACGGGUGAUGUACAAGCUGCUGGCCUCGAAGACUGAGAGCAUCAGAGUCCAGUCCCUCAAAGUCCUAGGAUACUUUCUCAAACACCUGGGACACAAAAGGAAGGUUGAGAUCAUGCACACACACAGUCUCUUCACUCUCUUGGGGGAGAGGCUGAUGCUUCACACUAAUACUGUGUCAGUGACCAUCUACAACGCGCUGUACGAGAUCCUGACAGAGCAGGUGUGUACCCAGGUUGUCCACAAACCCCACCCUGAACCAGACUCUACAAUCAAGAUACAGAACCCCAUGAUCCUUAAGGUAGUAGCGACCCUGUUGAAGAGCUCGUCCCCCAGCGUUGAGCUGAUGGAGGUUCGACGUCUCUUCCUCUCAGACAUGAUCAAACUGUUCAGCAACAGCCGUGAAAACCGACGGUGUCUGCUUCAGUGUUCAGUAUGGCAGGACUGGAUGUUCAGUCUGGGCUAUAUCAACCCUAAAAACCCAGAGGAACAGAAGAUGAUGGAGAUGGUCUAUAGCCUCUUCAGGAUCCUGCUCUACCAUGCUAUCAAGUAUGAGUGGGGAGGUUGGAGGGUCUGGGUGGAUACACUCUCCAUCGCUCACUCCAAGGUAACAUACGAGGCCCAUAAGGAGUACCUGGCUAAGAUGUAUGAGGACUACCAGCGUCAGGAAGAGGAGAACAUUAAGAAGGGGAGGAAGGGUCUGGUCAGCACCAUCUCAGGCCUGCAGGACCUCCAGGCCGGGGGCAUCCAGGGGAACAUGGAGAUCAGAGAGAUAGACUCCCAGACACAGACCCCGGAGAGCGAGGCCGACUACCCCGAGACCCCCGGCCACCCCCGGAACACACCGUCAGAGGGGAAGACAAGGGAGGAGGGGGGGCUCGGGGGGACAGGGAGGACGGGGUCAGGGGUCAGAGUGGAGGUUCAUGACCUGUUGGUGGACAUCAAGGCUGAAAAGGUGGAAGCCACAGAGGUGAAGCUGGAUGACCUGGACCUGUCUCCAGAGCCGCUGGGCGUGACAGUGGGUGUGGCCGGAGGUGUUGUCUCUGAGGACAGGGGCGGGGCGUUGGUCCAGGUGGACUCCCUAUUGGACAACGUUUACUGUGCUGCUGUAGAGAAGCUAAGCAGCAGCGCCGCCAGUGGUGUACUGGUCCCCAACGCAACUGUCGCCGUCGCGCCCGACAACCACAACACUGGUCCCCUCAUCACCCUUGCUGAUGACGACAAGGACAGUCUCCCUAGCAACAGCAGCUUCCUGUUUGGCCAGGAAGAGCCCCUGGUCCUGCCAAGUCCUGGUUCUAACCCUGAUCCAGACCCUGACUCCCCUUUCCUCCUGGGCCACAGCCAUGACCUGGGCCUGCUGGACCACGUGACUGGCAGCUCUGAGCUGGGGACCAUCGGCAUGGUCGGCACGGUCACUCCUGGUGGUCCGAUCAGCAGCAUCCUGGAGGAGGAGAGAUUUAAGCUCCAGACCACCCUGGGUGACGUCACCUCCAUGCCCAGGGAAGAGGCCUGCUCUAAGGGGUCAGAGUUCACAGAGACCGGGACUGGAGCUAGGGUUGAAGGGUCUGGGUUGCCGGAGGGGGGCGAGCCCUUGGCUGGUGGGAAAGGUAGUGGGACAGAUGCAGUCAGCAACACCUCAGACACUGAGAGGUCAGACGAAGGAAAGGAGGUUAAGAAGAUUCAGACCACUGCUACUACACAGUCCCUCCAUAGUCGUACAGCAGCCCAGUUAGAGCGUGACCUGCGUGUGGACCUGGGCUUCAGAGGGAUGCCCAUGACAGAGGAGCAGCGGCGCCAGUUCAGCCCUGGCCCUCGCACCACCAUGUUCCGCAUCCCAGAGUUCAAGUGGUCGGCCAUGCACCAGCGCCUCCUCACCGACCUGCUGUUGGCCCUGGAGACAGACGUCCACAUCUGGAGGAGCCAUUCAACCAAAUCCGUCAUGGAUUUUGUCAACAGCAAUGAGAACAUCAUCUUUGUCCACAACACCAUCCACCUCCUCUCUCAGAUGGUAGACAACAUCAUCAUCGCCUGUGGAGGGAUCCUUCCUCUACUCUCCGCUGCCACCUCUCCUUCUAGUACCCAGGUUAGUGCAUAUGCUGCUGAGUUGGAGAACAUGGAGGCGACCCAGGGCAUGUCUUCAGAGACGGCGGUGUCCUUCCUGUCCCGUCUGAUGGCCAUGGUGGACGUUCUGGUGUUCGCCAGCUCACUCAACUUCUCUGAGAUAGAGGCUGAGAAGAACAUGUCCUCUGGAGGCCUGAUGAGACAGUGUCUACGACUGGGUAAGAGUCUGAGACUGAAAAGAUUUGCCAAGGGUCCCCAGAUCAUCAAAAGGUUCUACAUCUGCACCAUCGAGAGCAUCACCGCCUGGUAUGGCAGCUGCUCGGCAUCUGACCGUAAGGCGCUACAGAGGACAGAGACAGAGGACAGAGUGACCAACAGUAAAAGCCAGGACAACCUGUAUGGUGCAGCAUCUGCCAACAAGGACCCUGACAGACUUCUACAGGACGUCGAUAUCAACCGUCUGAGAGCUGUCGUGUUCCGGGAUGUGGAUGACAGCAAGCAGGCCCAGUUCUUGGCACUAGCGGUGGUCUACUUUAUCUCUGUCCUCAUGGUGUCAAAGUACAGGGACAUCCUGGAACCACAGAGAGAGACCAACAGGAUGAUCAGCCAAUCAGCAUACAGCAUUCGCCACGAGAUCAACUCAUCUACCAGCACAAAGACCCCCCUGGCGUACCCUGACCAAAGUAAGGAGCCCCCCACCCCUGUAGAGGAGCUCCACAUAGAGAGAGGCUGUCUGCCACACACUGACUCUGGCAUUGGAGAGGAACAGAUGGCCAGUGUGUUAAACGGGGCAGACUUGAACGCUUCAGGACCCGGGCGAGCUGACGCCAUGUCCUCCCUGCUCGGCAGCCUCUCCUCUGGGGAGAAGCAUAGCCAAGAGUCCCUCUUGGAGCCGCCUGGCCUGGAGGUCCUAAGGACCACCUCCUCCAUCUCCUCCAUCAGCCACUCAAACAUCAACGUACGAAGAAUCCUGAAGAGCCUAGUGGCUGGGCCUGGAGAGGGGGUGGAACCUGGACCAGAGCCCCUCCCCUACCCUGAUCUUGCCGUACAGAGAGAGACUCAUUCCCCCAUGCUGCCCAUGCAGUUCCACUCCUUUGAUAGGAGUGUGGUGGUCCCAGUGAAGAAGCCUCCACCAGGGAGUCUGGCUGUGAACACGGUUGGACACGCAUCCUCCAGCAGCCUGGCAACAGGCUCCACCCCCAACAUCUUUGUUGCAGCCUCCAACACCCCCAAGAGCAUGAUCAACACCACCGGAGCUACAGACUCGGCCUCCUCUUCCUCCACCUCCUCCUCAUCCUUCGUCAACGGGGCCACCAGUAAGAACCUGCCCGCUGUCCAGCCGGUGGCGCCCAUGCCUGAAGACACAGUGGAAAACAUGAGUAUCACUACUAAGUUGGAGCGUGCGCUGGAGAAGGUGGCCCCCCUGCUCAGGGAGAUCUUUGUGGACUUUGCACCGUUCCUCUCUAGGACCUUGUUGGGAAGCCAUGGUCAGGAGCUGCUCAUAGAAGGUUUGGUGUGUAUGAAGUCCAGCACCUCCGUAGUAGAACUAGUCAUGCUGCUCUGCUCUCAGGAGUGGCAGAACUCGAUCCAGAAAAAUGCCGGCCUCGCCUUCAUCGAGCUCAUCAACGAGGGAAGAUUGCUGUGUCAUGCUAUGAAGGACCACAUCGUGCGUGUUGCCAACGAGGCAGAGUUCAUCCUCAACAGACAGAGAGCAGAAGAUGUCCAUAAACACGCUGAGUUUGAGUCUAACUGUGCCCAGUACACUGCUGAUCGGAGGGAGGAGGAGAAGAUGUGUGAUCACCUGAUCAGCGCUGCCAAGCACAGAGACCAUGUGACUGCCAACCAGCUUAAACAGAAGAUACUCAACAUCCUCACCAAUAAGCAUGGAGCCUGGGGCAGCCUGGCACAGAGUCAGCUGAAUGACUUCUGGCGUCUGGAUUACUGGGAGGACGACUUACGGAGGAGGCGGAGAUUCGUACGGAACCCCUUUGGCUCCACCCACCUGGACAUCCCCUGCAAGAUGCUGGACGACUAUGGCAGCAAGGAGGAUGAGUUGGUCAAGUCGAAGAAGGGGUUCCACAGCCAGACAGUAGCCAAUCAGAGCCCAGAGACGGACCUGAUGUUGGAUGGAGACGAUGACACUGCCAGUCUGCUGCAGGAGAAAGAGAUGGACAACCUGGCUGGCCCAGUGGUCCUCAGCACCCCGGCCCAGCUCGUGGCCCCGGUAAUAGUCGCACGAGGGACGCUCUCCAUCACUACGACCGAGAUAUAUUUCGAAGUGGACGAGGAUGACCCCUCCUUCAAACUGCUUGACUCCACGGUCCUGGCAUACUCAGAGGGUCUGCAUGGUAAAUGGAUGUUCAGUGAGAUCAGAGCGGUCUUCUCCAGGCGAUACCUGCUCCAGAACACAGGCCUGGAGGUCUUCAUGGCCAACAGGACGUCAGUGAUGUUUAACUUCCCAGACCAAGCCACAGUGAAGAAGGUGGUCUACAGUCUACCCAGGGUCGGAGUAGGAACCAGCUAUGGCCUACCACAAGCCAGGCGUAUCUCCAUGGCGACGCCCCGGCAGCUCUUCAAGUCGUCCAACAUGACCCAGCGCUGGCAGAGGAGGGAGAUCUCCAACUUCGAGUACCUCAUGUUCCUCAACACCGUCGCAGGGAGGACCUACAAUGAUCUGAACCAGUACGCCGUGUUUCCCUGGGUUCUCACAAACUACGAGUCUGAGGAGCUGGACCUCACCCUGCCGGGCAACUUCAGAGAUCUCUCCAAGCCAAUUGGAGCAUUGAACCCGAAGCGUGCAGUGUUCUAUGCAGAGCGCUACGAGACAUGGGAAGAGGACCAGACCCCCCCAUAUCACUACAACACCCACUACUCCACCGCUAACUCCACCCUGCUCUGGCUGCUCAGGAUAGAGCCUUUCACCACGUUCUUCCUGAAAGCUAACAACAACAAGUUUGACCAUCCAGACCGGACCUUCUCCGCCAUCACCCGCUCCUGGAGGCACUGCCAGAGAGACACCUCAGACGUCAGGGAGUUGAUUCCAGAGUUCUACUACCUUCCGGAGAUGUUUGGUAAUAGUAAUGGUUACCACCUGGGCCAGAGGGAGGAUGGCAAGAUGGUGUGUGAUGUAGAGCUGCCUCCCUGGGCCAACAAGCCUGAGGACUUUGUCAGGAUCAACCGGAUGGCCCUGGAAAGUGAGUUUGUGUCGUGUCAGCUGCAUCAGUGGGUUGACCUUAUUUUCGGCUACAAGCAGCGCGGGCCUGAGGCGGUGCGCGCCCUCAAUGUCUUUCACCAGCUGACCUACGAGGGUUCCGUCAGCCUGGACAGCAUCACUGACCCCGCCCUCAGAGAGGCGAUGGAGAAGCAGAUUCUGAUUGUUGGACAGACUCCGUCUCAGUUGCUCAUCGAGCCACAUCCUCCUCGCAGCUCGGCCAUGCACCUGAGUCCUCUGAUGUUCAAGGACCAGAUGCAGCAGGAUGUGAUCAUGGUGUUGAAGUUCCCCUCCAACUCCCCGGUGACACACGUAGCAGCCAACACCCUGCCACACCUCUCUGUCCCUGCCGCUGUCACCGUCACCUGCAGCCGACUGUUCGCUGUCAACCGCUGGCACAACACUGUCGGUUUGAGAGGAGCGCCAGGUUACUCCCUGGAACAGGCCCACCACCUGCCCAUAGAGAUGGACCCUCUGAUUGCCAACAACUCUGGGAGUAACAAGCGUCAGAUCACAGACCUGGUGGAUCAGAGCAUCCAGAUCAACACACACUGCUUCGUGGUUACCGCCGACAACCGCUACAUCCUGGUCUGUGGCUUCUGGGACAAGAGUUUCAGAGUCUACUCCACCGAGACAGGUAAGCUGACCCAGAUAGUGUUUGGACACUGGGACGUGGUGACGUGUCUGGCCAGGUCAGAGAGCUACAUCGGGGGAGACUGCUACAUCGUGUCAGGGUCCAGAGACGCUACUCUGCUACUGUGGUACUGGAGCGGACGACACCACAUCAUAGGAGACAACCCCAACAACAGUGACUACCCGGCACCGCGAGCUGUGCUGACCGGCCAUGACCAUGAGGUGGUGUGUGUCUCUGUGUGUGCCGAGCUGGGACUGGUCAUCAGUGGAGCCAAAGAGGGUCCAUGUCUGGUCCACACUAUAACAGGGGACCUGCUGCGGGCCCUGGAGGGCCCAGAUAACUGCCUGUGUCCCCGCCUCAUAUCCGUGUCCAGCGAGGGCCACUGUAUUAUCUGCUACGAGAGAGGACGUUUCUGUAACUUCAGCAUCAAUGGAAAACUACUGGCUCAGAUGGAGGUCAACGACUCAACACGGGCCAUUAUGCUGAGUAGUGAUGGUCAGAACCUGGUGACAGGUGGAGACAACGGGGUAGUGGAGGUGUGGCAGGCCUGUGACUUCAAACAACUCUACAUCUACCCAGGCUGUGAUGCUGGUGUCCGCGCAAUGGACCUCUCUCACGACCAGAGGACUCUCAUCACUGGCAUGGCAUCCGGCAGCAUUGUGGCGUUCAACAUCGACUUCAACCGGUGGCACUACGAGCACCAGAACAGAUACUGAGGGUUACAGAGACAGAGAGGCAGUACAACAUGGCCGCAGGUUUGGAGGACACCUGAACACUACUGUUAACCAACUACACAGGUUAGCUGCUGUUAACUACCUAUACAAGUUAGCUAAUUAUGGUAUAAGAGUUAACUAAUGCUAACUAACCUCACAGGUCAACUAACUAACCAUAAACUGUAGGAAUACAGUGGGGUCCACAAUUAUUGACACCCUUGAUGAAGAUGAACAAUAAUGACUGUAUAAAAUAAAUAAUUCUGAAACUGAGCUAUAUUAUAUGCUCCCAAAAAUGUGAGAAUUAUAUUAUUUUAUGUUAAUAGAAUUGCUUAGAGAAAUAAAUGUUGUUUAACACGUUUAAAAAACUAUUCUCAAAAAGGUAGGAGUGAAAAUUAAAGCUCCCUGAAGAUUCUUAGAAAUAAAGUUGUCAAAAGUGUAGUAUUUGGUACCAUAUCCCUAGCAUGCAAUGACUACAUCAAGCUUAGGAUCCUACAAACUUGUUGGAUGCAUUUUCAGUGUUUUUAGGUUGUGUUUCUGAUUAUAGAAUCGUAUAAAUGAAUGGUAAAUAAUGUAUUCUGUCAUUUUGGAGUCACUUUUACUGUAAAUAAGAAUAUGAUACGUUUCUAAACAUUUCGUAAUUAAUGUGGAUGCUACCAUGAUUACAGAUAAUCCUGAGUGAAUAAUGAUGAGUGGGAAAGUGGGUCAAAAUCAUACCCCCAAGACAUGCUAACCUCUCACCAUUACCAAUAACACGGGAGGUUAGAAUGUCUUGGGGGUAUGAUCUUUGACCUGUGAUAAUGUGAAGUACCCAAAAGGGCCACUAGAUGUUGUGUGAUAGAUUACAUACAAUCCUUAAAAGAAACCAAAAUGCUGGUAGUUUAUUGAUAAACUUUAAACAUUUCCAUUAAUACCCUCCCUUUGCAACCUAUAUUUAAAAAAUAUAUAUAUAUAUUACUUGUUAAACAAAAUAUCCCUUUCUCUGAGCAAUUGAAUUAGUGUAAAAUAAUACUUUUUUUGUUAUUAUACAAUAUGGCUCAGUAUUUGAAUUAUUUCUUUUAUACAGUCAUUUUUGCUCAUAUUUAUCAAGGGUGUCAAUCAUUUCAGACCCCACUGUAGAUACUAAGGCCUAGAAAAAGACAGGUUAAAAUACAGGUUAAAAGACAUGGAGAAAAAAUCCCUUCAACUGAUGAUCUUAGAAGAAGAGGUCAGUUAUAAUGCUACAGUGACAGUUUCUUUCAACACUGAUUUAAAAAAAAUGAUUUUAUUCAACUGGUCAUAUUUAAAACUGUGAAAAAUACAAUAAACAAACCUACGGUUAAUAACGUUUAUACAACAUUUGUAUGUCAAAUACAUAUCAAACUUGGGACACUUUUCUAGGAAAAAAGGAAAAAACUGUUGUAUAUAAGGAUGAUGGAAAGAGUUUAUUUCCAGAAAAGAUUUGAAAAGAACAAGACGUCUCCAUUUAGUCUCCAUUUUGACAGUUGAACCAUAAUUCUCUGUUCCAAGCCAUGACCUGACUCCCUGACAUCGUAUCUUAGAGUGCGUCCAAAAUGGUACCCUGCUCCCUUUAUAGUGCGCAACAUUUGAUCAGGACUCAUAGGGCUCUGGUCAAAAGAAAGGCACUAUAAAGGGAUUAGCGUGCCAUUUGGGACGUAGAUUAGUUGGUUUGUAAUAAUGACUGAUAGUUGGUCUCCCAUCACAGUAGUCUAUUGAUGUAGGUGUCAAAAACAACAAAUUGUUCUAUGUUAACUUGAUAAUGUGUUUACAUGUCUGUAAGGGCAAUUUCAGAAUUCUACGUACUGUGUGAAAUGUGUCCAUUGUAAUUGUAAUUUGUUUCUUAAUCACGUUUCACAUUAUUAGCAGGAAAUAACAAUCCUUGUAAUGAUUUCCAUCCCAUUUGUUGUUCGGUAACAAUUUUAUUUAUAUUUCAACAAAGGCAAGGAUUUAAAAUGACUUUUAUCUACUUUUAAAAUGACUACCACAGGCUAGUCAGGUUUAGCACUGAAUGAUUUAGUCGUCAUGGUUUCUAUUUCCAGCUAAUGGAUUGAUAAGGAAGGCAGUGCAAGACAUCAGUCGUAGAAACUCUGGAUGAGAACUAUGGCAACUCAAUAUGAAAACGAUCAAUACCAUGAGUUUAUUAAAGCCUGCAAUCCAGACCUGUUUUGUACUACCAUUCCACUCAUUGUACUCUGUGUCAUAUGCUAAAUAUGACAUGAUAUUUGGCAUGGCAAGUAGUGGAAAGGAAUGGAAUGUUAGUGCAAACAGACUGAUACCCAAGCUAAAUGAAAGGUUGGGGCAUGUAGCUAACCUAACCAAGAACAGGCUAUAGUCAUCCAAAAAUGAUUCUUCAUUAUUUUGAAUAAACAGAAAAUAUUACAACAAUGUUAAAUAUACCACAUGUGAGUUGACAGUAAGAUGAAAAGGAAAAAACUAAAUGAUAUUAUGCAAAUAGUUUGGAUUUGCAUUGUAAUGGUACAGACAGCAGCCUAGCUAAACCAGGGGCUCUACAUGCAGAGACCCACAGUGGCUGUAGUAUGGAAAAUCCAUCUUACUUUACUGGUUUGAUUCAUAAUAACCAUCCAUAUGAAUUUGACAUUCUGGGUUAAUUUAGAAUAUUUGACAAAUAUUUGUGUAAGGAGGAUUUAGCUAAAUAAAUGCAUUUUAUUUGUGUUGCCAUUAGCACUGCAAUUUGAUGUCGUUUUUUUAAACAACAUUUCUUAUUGCUUUCAAUUUUUCGUUUAGAUUUGUAUGUAAUAUAUUUUGUUGAUAUAAGUAUAUCAUAUGAUUUUACAAGUUAUUUGUAUUUAUCUAUUGUUUUUUGCUUAUGUUGCAAUUUCCGAGGUAUUUUCCUUGUGUUUGUUGGAAGCUGUUUUACAUUAAGCUCUGCCAAUAUAUACAGAUUGAUCAACUGUGUAAUAUAAAAUUGGUUUCCUUUUUGUUGUAUUUAUAAUAAAAAUGAAUAAAGCAAGCUCUUAUGCAGGUGAAUUUCCAUUCUUUAUAGCAGUCUAAACAUAUCUAGUACUAUGUUUACCUAAUAGUCUGGCAUAUAGAAUAGAGUAUGUAUAUGUAUUUUACUAAUAAACCCAUGCACUAAAAGUUAUCUCAAGAGUGGAUGCUCAACGUGCUAAAAUGUU